AAGCCGGAGCAGCGGGCUGACGUUGGACGAGCUGCCAGGUAGCUGAGCAGGCAGCGAAGCCGCGGAGCCACUUCCCCGCGUUGCAAGCCCGAGUGUGGACUCGAAGCCUCUCCGAAUCCGAGCCAGCUGGUUUUAACCUUCGCGAAUUGCACUCCCCUCUCCCCAGAGCCAGUCCUCGCGGAGCGAGCAGCAGGAUGUUUGCAGUGUCGCGCGCAGGGCUCUGAGACGGAGCCUCUGAGACGUUUGCAUUCCUUUCUUUUGGGGCUUUUUGGCUGUUGGCUUUACUGAUGUGACCCCCCUCCCCUUUUUGGAAUGAUGGGGAUCUUUUUGGCAUAUGUUGGAUUUGUUUUCUUUUCCGUUUUAUAUGUACAACAAGGGCUGUCUUCUCAAGCAAAAUUUACCGAGUUUCCGCGGAACGUGACUGCGACCGAGGGGCAGAAUGUGGAGAUGUCUUGCGCUUUCCAAAGUGGCUCUGCCUCGGUGUAUCUGGAGAUCCAGUGGUGGUUCCUGCGGGGGCCGGAGGACCUGGAGCCCGGGGCCGAGGUGGCUGGUGCGCAGGUGGAGCUGGUGCCCGACCGAGACCCGGACAACGAUGGGACCAAGAUCAGUACAGUGAAAGUCCAAGGCAAUGACAUCUCUCACAAGCUUCAGAUUUCCAAAGUGAGGAAAAAGGAUGAAGGUUUAUAUGAAUGCAGGGUGACAGAUGCCAAUUAUGGAGAGCUACAGGAACACAAAGCCCAGGCCUACCUGAAAGUCAAUGCCAACAGCCACGCCAGGAGGAUGCAGGCCUUCGAAGCCUCGCCCAUGUGGCUGCAAGACAUGAAGCCUCGCAAGAACGUCUCCGCGGCCAUUCCCAGCAGCAUCCACAGCUCGGCCAACCAGCGAAUGCACUCCACCUCCAGCCCUCAAGCGGUAGCCAAAAUCCCCAAACAAAGUCCACAAUCAGCAAAGAGCAAAUCGCCUGUAAAAUCUACGGAGCGGACAGCAAAGUUGACCCUAAACUCCAAGCACCACUCUGCACCCACUGUUCUCUAAUUACCUACCCAAGGAGCGCCUGCUUCCGGAAGCAUAAACGAAGAGGCUAUCACACGCUUUGUUCAUAACAUUUUCUUGGGCAAAUCACUGAUCUUUUAUUUCAAGAAAAUUAGUGUGAAGUGAUAGGACUUUUUCUAAUAGCAAGAUCUAUUUUUUUUUUCCUUUUCCUUCGGCUACUUAAAGCAUCAUCUCAAUGACUGCUCAGGGGUUGGCCUGAACGUCAUCGGUAUAGCAAAUAUUUACUAUGGAUUUCCUACUAAAAGACACAUUAUCUGCAGGAAACAAACAGAAAUCAAAAAGCUACAGAACAUAAACUAUCAUCAAACAAAACCCCCAGUUUGGGGCAACAACAAAAUUGUCAACACUGCGAGUCAACAAGGAGAACGUUAUUUUAACUAAGACGUAAUAAAAGAGUUUUUUUUUUUUUUUUAAUUUUCUCUUUUUUCUUGGAUUUUUUUUUUUCCUUUUUCUUGAUUAUAGUUCUUUUUCAAUGGUGGCAAGUGCUGAUUACGGCCAAUCCCUGUCAAUCCUGGGAGGUUUCUAUAAAUACAUUUUGAGUGUUCUAUAUUUCGAUGUAUUUUAAUUCAUUUUGCAAUUCCUGUAUAUGCAAACUUGACAAGUUCUGUAAAUUGCUUAUAGUACGUGUGAUAUAACUUCAAAGUAGAUAGACUAUGACCCUCAUGCAAGCUGAUUUUUAUCAUUAAAUAUAUAAAUAUAUACAUAUAGAGAUCUAUAUGUUGGGCCACCAACCAACUUUUUUUAGAUAAAGCAUUUGUUUUUCACUUAUAAUUCAUAUAUUGUGUGAAUUUUGUAAUGCCUUGUUUCACUUCCACAGGUUUGACAGCUGCAGAUGGUCUCUGUUGCCCUCUGCUUCCUUCUGGAAAAUGCAUAUUCAAAAUUGUAUUGGUCUCUGAUAAAUGAAUUAAUUUUGUUGUGUGUAUGCUGUGUUGAAAUUUGCUAUGUUCCUUUAUAUACGGUGUUUAUUGAGGUUUGAGAGUCUCUUGACUCUGAAGAAUGUACACUCUCUGGUUUUGACAGCUAUCCCUCUAUUAUUAUCAUCGUUAUUAUUUUCAAAAAGCAAGGUUGCUUCUAGAAAAUUUGCCUUGGAGGUGAAUGUGGAGAAGGUGAAGUGGUCACCAUGAUUACCCAAAGUCAUGGAAGAACACUUCUUGCUGUGGCUUAAAAUGCUGCUUUCUUUGACCUUUAUGGAUUUUUGUAGCUUUGUCACUCUGUUAUUUGCUGCUAAUUAUAUUUUAAUGUCUCCUAAUUAAAAAUUAAAAUUUGGUUGUUGGCUAAAUAUAAUAUGCAAAAGAUGACUGCAAAUCCCCAACUAAAGAAGACAAUGUGUUCAAGUUUUCACUGGUUAAGUGGAUUAUAAUUUCAAAUAUUGCAUUCUUAUUUUGGGCUUUAUGAUAAUUCAGAUUAUUUUAUUUGGAAACUGUUUUCUACUCUGGCAAAGAAUGAUAGGCAGAAAUUAAUGUGUUCCAGAUACACUAGAAUAGAUACAGAUUGAGACAGAAAUGACUUAAGUUUUCCUUACAGAGAGAUUCUUCCAUUUUCUUUCAUAACAAAACCAGAAGAUGAUCUUUGUAGGACCAGCAGCUUAUAGGCAAAGGUCCUAAACUGAAGCUUGAAGGCAAUGAAUACCUCUGCUUUUCAAAGGUAAAUGCAUUGAUUUUCUGCUGUUCAAUUACAAACAGUGUGCAUAUUUUCAUAAUAUCUUAACAUUAUCUUUGAGAAAUAAUGUUUCAGGCUAAAACUUUUAUUGACUUCUUUUUGUCCAUUUGGUUUAUUAUUUCAGUCUAACGAGAAAAAUAAAUAAAGGAUUUAAUUACGCUAUUUUAUUAACCUAGAAAUUUAUUUUCUUUCAAAAUUUAAUACUUAAAAUGCAUAAAUUAAUGUUAGAUAAAUAUUUAUUAAGUCUAUCUGGCCUCUAAAGAUCACAUAUAUUCAAGCGUAAAUUAGCUUACUGAUUCAAAUUCAGUCAGGCUGGGAAAAUCCACCAUGGAAUUUACUUUUACCCAAAGUUCAGGUCAUGAGAUUGGUCAACUCUAAAGCAAGACAGACGUGUAUCUUUAUCAAUGAUGUUUACCAUGCUCGCUCGUAAUAAAGGAUAUAUGCUGGCUUGGGAAGAAUUCUCGCUAGAUUCAUUGUGUCAGUGUCCAAAAUAAUGAAGUCUCCUUUGUCAGUGGGAUUCCGAGAGUCUGGCUCACUGACCACUGUGAGAAAGAACAUGGCACACUCUUUCUAUCUCCAAACUUGAAAAGUUAAUGUGUAAACUUAAAUAUUGGAUCAAAGCUUUAAAAAAAUUAAAGAAUCUGUCUAGCGUUUUUCAUCUUGUAUCGUGUACCUCUGGGACUACUACUUAUAGUAACCAUGACUAGAAACAAAGAUUGAAAAAUAAAUUAUAUGAUUUUCUCAA